ACACACACACACACUGUCCCUCCUCCUUUAACAGAGCACGGGGCAGCCAUUCCGAGGGCUGUGGAGAGAUACAUUCCCUUCUCUGCUUCCCCUGCAAAGGAGGACAGUAACAGAAACCUGGAAGAAUUAUUUCACAGCUGGACGAAACAAUAGGAGAGGCGAACACAGGCACAACUACUAAAAUCAAUAAGAUCGCUACUUUGUUACCUGACUUGCCAGAGAGCACCGCUGGGUUAGCUGCCUCUUUAUGUGGUGCCUUCUGGGGGAGUUUAUGAUGUCGCUUUGGUUUGUGUCUUAACCACAAACGGAUGUGGAGGAGAAACGUUCAGCUAUAAUUCAAUCUGAUCUGUCUCUCUGUGUCUGGAUCCCUGUGUGUCUUGUUUCUGCUGUUGGACAUCUGAAACAAGGAAGGAGUUAACUUGAUGUGUAGAUGGAUGUAAGAUUUUACCCACCAGCAGCACAGCCUGCAGCUCCUGACACCCCCUGUCUGGGACCUUCUCCUUGCCUGGACCCCUACUAUUGUAACAAGUUUGACGGGGAGAACAUGUAUAUGAGCAUGACAGAGCCAAGCCAGGAUUAUGUGCCAGCAAGCCAGUCAUAUCCUGGACACAGUUUAGAAAAUGAAGAUUUUAAUAUUCCACCAAUAACCCCUCCAACACUACCAGAACAUGCACUGGUGCCCUUGUCAGAUGCAGAAUCCGGAUAUCAUCCCCUCUGUCACCCAAUGAGCCAAAAUGGCCUACUCUCGUUCCAUCCACAGAACAUGGAUUUACCUGCAAUUACUGUUUCAAACAUGCUAAACCAAGAUGGACCUCUGCUAUCUAACUCGCAUCCAGUGAUGCAAGAGCUUCAAAAUUCCAAUGGAACUCACUAUUCCCCACAUUCCCAAAUGGCAGCCAUGAGAGCAAGAGUUCAACCACAGGAUAUCAGACAGGCGGGUAUGAUGCCACAUGGCCAGUUAACUACAAUCAACCAAUCCCAACUGAGUGCUCAACUGGGAUUGAACAUGACAGGAAACAAUGUUGCCCAUAAUUCUCCAUCUCCACCUGGAAGUAAAUCUGCAACACCUUCACCAUCUAGUUCAGUCCACGAAGAUGAAGUGGAUGAUACCGCCAAGAUAAGUGCAGCAGAAAAAAGGCCUGCACCUGACAUCGGAAAGAAGCCAAAAACUCCCAAAAAGAAAAAGAAGAAAGAUCCAAAUGAGCCACAAAAACCUGUGUCUGCAUACGCUUUGUUCUUCAGAGACACACAAGCUGCCAUUAAAGGACAAAAUCCAAAUGCUACAUUUGGAGAGGUUUCCAAAAUAGUGGCCUCAAUGUGGGAUGGACUUGGAGAAGAGCAAAAGCAGGUGUACAAAAAGAAAACAGAGGCUGCCAAAAAAGAAUAUCUUAAGCAAUUGGCUGCAUAUCGAGCAAGUCUUGUAUCCAAGAGCUACAAUGAUCCUGCGGAUGUAAAGACAUCUCAGCCUUCACAAAUGAUGAAUUCAAAGCCUCCAGUGUUUCAUGGACCCACACAGACGCAUUCCACACUGUAUCUCAGCUCACCUUAUCAUCAACAGUCAACGAUGAGUCCUCAUUUAUCUGCCAUGCAUCCCGGUAUCAACAGGAAUAUAGCUCCUAAGCCCAACAACCAAAUGCCAGUGACUGUUUCUCUAGCAAGCAUGGCUGUAUCUCCUCCUCCCUCUCUUCAAAUGAGUCCACCUCUUCACCAACAUCUGCAUAUGCCUCAACACCAGCAAAUGUCAAUGCAGCAGUCCAUUGGCAACCAUCAACUACAGAUGCAGAACCAGACAGUUUUACAUUCAUCAGCAAUGCAUCAGGGAUUUUCUCUUCAGCAAGAAUAUCAAAAUCUAAUUAACCCAACAUCUACAGCGGCCCAGGUUGUCACACAAGCAAUGGAAUAUGUUCGUUCAGGUUGCAGGAAUCCUCCAGGACAAACUGUAGAAUGGAACAAUGACUACUGCAGUAAUGGGAACAUGCAGAGAGACAAAGCAUUGUAUCUUACCUGAUAACCCGAAUCUUGGAGAGAAAAAACAUCUUUCAGAUGAAGAAUGCAGGGACAACUUUUGUCAAAAGAUUGCACUAAGCGAUCAGGGCAAUUCUGCAUUUUUGUUAGGAAAUACAAGUUGCUAAGCACUUAGGACAUUUGCAUUUGUGGUUUAUCCACUCUGGGAAAAAAAAAUAGUCUUGCUUCUUUCCUUUUACUUUUCAAAAUUCUUUAAUGAACAUUUUCCUUGUACUUACUGAAAGAAAAUCGGACCAUUCAAAUUUUAUGUUGGUUUUGCUGUGAAGUGCUGCCUAACUAACUGCCUUAGCAACUGUAGACAUCUCAGAUAAAAGUCCUGGAUUUUCCAUUGGUUUUCAUAAUGGUUGUUUCUAUAAAUCGAAUAAAGACUUUUUAAAUGGCUUGAUGUAGCACUCAUAGCAAGAUUGUAUAUAGCAUAUAUGUUCUCUCUCCUAGAGUAUAAAAUGUGAAUGUUUUUCUAGCUAAAUUGAAAUUUGAAACUGGUUCAUUCUAGUCGGCGAAUUUCAGAAACGGGGCAGAAUUGACAAGCAUUCAUAUUUUUACUUGUUUUUUUAAUGCUUAAUAUGUCUAUAUUUUCAAAACAUUUUGAAGAAAAGUUUCUCCAAGAUAAUAAUAAUAAUUAUUAAUAAUAAGAAUAUUAUGAAUCAAGAAAUUGGCUUUGUGUCAAUGAUCCAAUGAAAAAGUAAUCUACGGUGUGGUGUAGAGAAAUCAGACAUGUUUAUUUUGUACUGCGUUCAAAUGGCAUUUUGUAUCACUUCUUGUGCAACUGUUAGUAAAUGUCCUUAUCUGUAUAAAACUGCCAAAUGCUUAAAUGUUAUUUUACUAGAUGCAGAAACAGAUUGGAAACAGCUAAAUUAUAACCUUGAUAUAUGGCUAUGUAUUAUUGUUUAUCCAUACUGUGUCUGUAUUUAAUCUUUUUUUUUAUUUUAUUUGAAGCCUGUUGCGCCUAUUUAUGAAAUAAUAA